AUGCCGGAUGGUCGUUCAGAUUCUUUUAGCAAACAUCUCCCUGCCCACAUCCUCCCCCAAGAUGGGCGUACUGGCAUCGGCGUGCUCCAUCGCCGCCCCGGACACACAACGGCCACGCCACGACCAGUGAGAUCCGCGCGAGGAGGGAGGUGCAUUAGGGGGGAUUCAGGCUGCUCACCGGCCAAGCCCUCCGACGAGCGGCCAGACCCAGGCGAGGUGGAUUUCGUGGUGUUAUUGCUAGGAGUGGUCUUUUUGGUUCUACGAGAACCUAAUGUCCAAGACUUCAGGUUAAGUUCAGCCGCCCUGCGAGCAAGAGCACCAUGUACCUCUACUACGAGGGCAUGCCAGAUUCUCCACAAGCUCAGCCGCGAGUCACACGACAUCCUCUGCAGGAACUGUAACCACUUCUACUACGUGCUCUGCCAUAAUCUCGGCAUCCCCAAGCUUCCAAGUAAGGGAAACAAUCUGAAUUAUGGCGAGGACUGGAAUUAUGUGCUCAUGAGGCUGUUACCUCAAACGCUGCGCCAGUUUUUUAGCAUGAACACGGCGUCUAGAGGAGCACACAAGGCAAUGGAGUGAUGAAUGAUGCCUUCGUUUUCUAGAUGGCAAAACUAUGUAUGAAACACACUCAAAUGUAUGUACCCCAAAAGAAUCUCACAAGGCAAAAGUAAAUGAGUAUAUGUUGAUUGGUGCCGAACAUACAAAAUUGUAUAUAUACGAAUGGAGCUCCCUAGAGCAACUAGCACUUGUUAUUUACCAGUUUAUAUCAGAUGCCAUUUUUAGAGGGCCACUAAAUAUACUACUUUCAGGUUUCAGCCAAUC